AUGAGAUUAUCAAGUACUUCACUCGUUGCUGUUGCAGUUUGUUUAGCUGCCUCCAAUGCUGCUCCCACGUCAGCAGGAUCUGACAGUACUCUAAUUAAAAGAGCUGAGAACAAUGAUAUUCAAGAAGCUAUCAAUACCUUGCAAGAAUACAAGGCUAAACGAGAUGCAAUGGAUGUCGAAGUUGCUGAAAGAGACUAUGCUAUUGUUACUAAAGUUUUGGCUCUUUUGAAGGAUUCAAACACAGCACCUCUCGUUAUCAACUACUUGGCUACUAAUAAAACAUUUGAGCCUAUCACAGUCAGUGUCAUCACCAAAGUCUUGAAGUCUGGUAAAAUAAACUUGGAAACAUUGUUUAAGGCCUUGGAAGAAUCAAACUUAGUCGGCAAUGUAAUCAAAGACCUUAUUUCUGACUGUAGUCUUUAUGUUUCUUUGUUUAACACCGCAAAGGGAGUUAUCUCAGACUUAGUUGACAAAGUUAGGGAAAAGAUUAAGGAUGCUGUUAGCAAGAAACGUGAUUUCAUGGAUCCGAUUGAAACUGUGAAUGUGCAAGAGAGAGGUUUGGAUCUCGCUACGAGGGACGCCAAUGAUGUUGUUGUACAACUUUUAGAAUCUUUAUACGAUUCUGGAUUAGCUACUCAAGUCGUUGAAUCAAUCAUCACCGAUAAGUCUUAUAUCCCAUUCGCAAUCGACUUGACAAAGUCAGUCUUGGAAAGUAACGCAUUGAGCUUGACUGAGGUUAUUUCCGCUUUGAAAAGCUCGAACUUAGUGAACUCUUUGUUGAAGCAAAUUUUAACUGUCGAUACUUUCCAGACAGUUGUAACUAAUGCCUUCGCCGCAUAUGCUGGUAAGUGUCUGGAGGAGACAAGUGGCUCUGGCUCUAGUUCAACUUCAACCUCGACUUCAGGUUCUGGUUCUGGUUCUGGUUCUGGUUCUAGUUCUGGUUCUACUACCACAAACCCAUGUAAGAAGAGAAAGAAGAGAAGAUCUUACAACUAUUGA